GGAGCGACAGGCACCGAGUCACCAGGCACGACAGUGGGCUCCGAGUCAACUGGCACUGGCUCAGACAUUGGAUCGUCUGGCUGGACAGCGGGCAUCGGGUCACCAGGCAUCAGGUCAUUUGGCUCGACAGCGGGCACCGCGUCAUCUGGCGCGGCAGUGGGCACCAAGUCACCAGGCACGACAGUGGGCUCUGAGUCAAUUGGCACGACAGCGGGCACCGGGUCAUCAGGUACCGGAUCGUCUGGCUCGACAGCAGGCACCGGGUCAUCUGGCGCUGGAUCGUCUGGCUCGACAGCGGGCAUCGGGCGUGAUAGGAUCAUCAGGCUGAAUCAGUUCAUCAGGCCGGGGUACAGACAUCAGGCCGGGUACAGACAUCAGGCCGGGUACAGACAUCAGGCCGGGUACAGACAUCAGGCCGGGUACAGACAUCAGGCUGAAGUGCAG